CCGCCGCUGCCGCGAGUCUUCCUCUCCUUUGACGAACUGCAGAACGGCGCCUCAUUGGAGCACUUGACGCUGCGGGAUGAGCCCAUGGACUACCGCAUCCUGCAUGUGGAUGAGGACCAGGACCGCAUGUACGUUGGCUGCAAAGACCACCUUGUCUCAGUGGACAUCAACAACAUCACGCAAGCCCCUCUUAAGGUGUUCUGGCCCGCCUCGACGAGUAAGAUUGACGAGUGCCAAAUGGCGGGAAAAGACCCCACGCAUGGAUGCGGCAACUUUGUCCGAGUGGUGCAACCGUACAACAGAACCCACCUGUUCAUGUGCGGCAGCGGCGCCUACAGCCCCGUGUGCGUCUACGUCAACAGGGGGCGUCGCCCAGAGGAACAAAUACUUUAUAUUGACUCGCGGACAGAGUCAGGAAAAGGGAGGUGCUCAUUCAACCCGCUGGUCAACACCGUGUCUGUAAUGCUUAAUCAAGAGCUCUUUUCCGGCAUGUACAUCGACUUCAUGGGCACAGACGCGGCCAUCUUCCGCAGCCUGACCAAGAGGAACGCCGUGCGCACCGACCAGCACAAUUCCAAAUGGCUUAGCGAACCCAUCUUCGUGGACGCCCACCUCAUCCCGGAUGGGACUGACCCCAACGACGCCAAACUCUACUUCUUCUUCCGUGAGCGUCUGACCGACAACAGCGGCAACACCAGGAACAUCCACAGCAUGCUGGCGCGCGUCUGUCCAAGCGACAUUGGAGGCCAGCGCAGUCUAGUCAACAAGUGGACCACCUUUCUCAAGGCCCGGAUGGUCUGCUCCGUUCUAGAGGAUGACGGCACCGAGACGCACUUCGAUGAGCUCGAAAGCAUCUUUUUGCUGGAAAGCGAGCAACCCAAAGGCCUGUUGGUCUUCGGAGUCUUCACGUCCACAAGCUCUGUCUUCAAAGGCUCUGCGGUGUGCGUGUACAACAUGGCCGACAUCCUGACCGUCUUCAACGGACCCUUCGCACACCGAGACGGGCCCAACUUCCAAUGGGCGGCCUUCCAAGGACGCAUCCCGUACCCAAGACCUGGAACGUGUCCCGGUGGAGCCUUCACGCCAGACAUCCACACUACCAAAGAAUUCCCGGACGACGUCGUCAACUUCGUGCGGAACCACCCGGUCAUGUUCAACCCCAUCUAUCCGCUCGCCCGGAGACCCCUGGUGGUCCGCACCGGCGUAGAUUACAAGUACACGGCGGUGGCGGUGGACCGGGUGGCUGCCGCCGACGGGAACUAUCAAGUCCUCUUCCUCGGAACCGACAAGGGAACCGUCCAGAAGGUGAUUGCGCUUCCCACAAACCGCUCCCUGCAUCAAGAUCUCAUCCUGGAGGAACUGGAAGUCUUUAAGAACCAAGCGCCGAUCACCAACUUGAGAAUCUCCCCUAAAAAACAACAACUGUACGCGAGUUCGGAUCUGGGCGUGUCGCAGGUGUCCCUUCACCGCUGUCACGCGUACGGCUCGGCUUGUGCCGACUGCUGCCUGGCCCGAGACCCGUACUGCGCCUGGGACGGACUCAGCUGCUCGCGGUUUUACCCCAGCGGAAAAAGGAGGAGCAGAAGGCAAGAUGUCAUGUAUGGAAAUCCGUUGACUCAGUGUCGAGGAUUCAACCUGAAAGCCUACAGAAAUGCAGUGGAGAUGACACAAUAUGGCGUGCGCAACAACACUACAUUCCUGGAGUGCUUGCCCAAGCCGCCUCAGGCUUCCAUCAGGUGGCUCAUCCACAGAGACGGCGACCGGAGGAAGGAGGUGAAGCUGAGCGAGCGCGUACUUUCCACGGAGCACGGCCUCCUGAUCCGCUCGGCUCUACCGUCCGACCAGGGUCUGUACUACUGCCUGACUGCCGAGAACGGCUUCAAGCGUACCGUGGCUAAGAUCCGCCUGCAGGUGCUGAGCGCCGCUGCCGCCGAAAGGGGCCGCUCGGCGUGGCCGUGGUCGGCGGCGGCCGAAAGCCUAGCCGUGCAGCAAUUCUGCAAAGAGAGGAAGGAGCGGAAGGAGCUCCUGGAGCAGCGCAAGAGCGCUGCGCCCCCGCCGCCGGGGCCUCUCAGGGGGGACUUGGCCAAACUCAAGCCCCUGCUGGACCGCAGGAAGAGCCGAAACCGGCGAAAUCAUCUCCCGGAGGAAUAA